AUGAAAAGGCUAUCGACGCUGCUCCGUUCCAAGCGAGUGCGCAGCUACAGCACGGACUACGAGAUCGACGGCUACGCAUCGGAGGGCGGUAUCGACAAGCUCGUCGAGGAGCACAGCAAGCAGCACCACCGCCGCUCGGGCAACCACGGCGGCACGGCAAGCUUCCCCUGCACGCCUUCGUUUGAAGCCUGCGGCCACUCGGACGGAUUCGGAAGCCCGACGAAGCUCCCACCGACAAUGCGCGACACUAACACCUCGGAGAGCAUGAAGACCUUCGGGUCACACUCGAACAAAGCCUCGUCGACCACGGGCAGCAACGUCUCCACCACUACCAACAACUACGUCGGCUUUGCAAACUUCCCCAAUCAGGUUUUCCGUCGCGCCAUCCGCAAUGGUUUCGAAUUCUCGCUGAUGGUUGUCGGGCGCUCCGGCCUGGGCAAGUCGACGUUCAUCAACACCCUCUUCCAAGCCGAAAUCAACGACCCGACGGAGAUGUUCGAGGUGCCAGCAGGGAGCACAGCUCGGAUUGAGCAGAAGACUGUCAAACUUGUCGAAAACGGGGUUCAGCUAAAGUUGACGCUCGUCGAUACGCCUGGCUUUGGCGGCGCCAUCGACAACUCUAAAUGUUGGGAGCCCAUCCAGCAGUACAUCGACGCUCGCUACAUGGAGUACCUGUCCGAGGAGACGAAGCUCGAGCGACCCACCCGACUCACCGACAAAUGCGUGCACCUCGUCCUCUACUUCAUCGCGCCCUCUGGACAUGGGCUUGACCUAAUCGAUAUCGAAUUCAUGAAGCGUCUCCACGACCGCGCCAACAUUGUCCCGCUGAUCGCCAAGGCUGACACGAUGACUGAAGAGGAGAUGAAGCGCUUCAAGCACCAAGUGCUGCGCGACCUCGAGAAGCACGGUAUCAAGGUCUACAAAUUCCCGGAGACGACGGAUCCGGAAGAGAAGCGCACUAUCGAGCCGCUCAAGGGCCGCGUCCCGUUCGCCGUCGUCGGCAGCAACAACAUUCGCGAGGCGCAUGGCAAGAAGACGCGUGUCAGGGAAUACGCCUGGGGCUGCGUCGAGGUGGAGAACAUGGAGCACAACGACUUCCUGGCUCUACGAGAGAUGGUCAUCCGCACUAAUCUCAUUGAUCUGAUCGACGUCACCCACGGUGUCCACUACGAAAACUUCCGCCUCCGCCAGAUGGGCAACCUCUCCAAAAACCAACAUGACAAGGAUCCUUUCACGGCGAUGGAGGACGAGCGCAAGCAGAAGGAGCAGGAGCUCCGCGACAAGAAACGCCAGCUCGACAAGACGUUCAACGACAAGAUCCAGGAGCGCGAGAACAAGAUCAAGGAGCGCAAGCAGAAGCUCAUGGCGCGGGAGCAAGAGUUGGGGCGCAUGGUCGAGGCCAAGCGCAACGAGCUGCAAAUGAUGAGGACGGCGUUAUCCGAGCUGCGCCGGGGCAACAUCUACGAGUCGAAGACUUCCGUCUUCUCCGCUGCCGUCAACGAAAACAGCGCGAACGCCUCAAGCGCACGGGACUCCAACGGGAAGAGCGGCUCGCCGACGGCCGCCGACAAGAAGAAGAAGACCGGCAUCUUCAGCCGAAUCAAC